GGAAGGAACGGCCCGGCCAAGAUGGCUGCGGAGGAGGGGGCUCGGGGCGCUCCUGCUGCUGGCAGUAGUGGCCGCCCCGCGGCCAUGGAGCGGAUUCUGCCCAUGUUGUUGGUGUCGGUCCCCGCCGAGGCGAUGGGGCAGCUGGGAUCUCGGGCGCAGCUGCACAGAGAACAGGAGGCUCUAGGGAGCCUGACGGCUGCGGGCAGCCUCCAAGUGCUUUCCUUAACGCCUGGCGGCCGGGGCGGGGGUGGCUGUUGCCUCGAGGGCCCUUUCCAGCAGUUUGUAUGGGAGGAUUCUCAUAACAGCAGUACACCAACUGACAAGCCCAAACUGCUUGCUCUUAGUGAAAAUUAUGAACUGCUCAUCUAUGAGUUUAAUUUAAAAGAUGGACGAUGUGAUGCAACCAUUUUGUAUAGCUACGGUAGGGAGACAUUGCAAAAGCUCAUUGAAGAUCAAGGUAUCAGUAUUUCCUUACUGUCUUUGAGAAUUCUGUCAUUUCACAAUAACACAUCAUUAUUGUUGAUCAACAAAUGUAUUAUCCUAUGCAUUAUUUUUCCUGAAAGAGAUGUUGAAAUUAGAGUACUCAAUUGUUUCACAUUACCCUUGCCUGCACAGGCAGUGGACGUGAUUGUUGAUGCACAGCUCUGCAGAGAAAUUCUUUUUGUUUUGAGUAGCUUAGGUUGGAUCUACAUUUUUGACAUUGUGAAUGGUACACAUGUAGCUCAUGUGGAUUUAGUACUUCACCAGGAAGAUAUGUGUAAUGAGCAGCAACAGGAGCCAGCCAAGAUUUCUUCUUUUACUUCACUGAAAGUGUCUCAAGACCUGGAUGUUGUGGUGAUUGUCAGCAACUCCAACUCUGCAAUUGCUCUUAACUUAAAUUUGUAUUUCAGGCAAUACCCAGGACACCUGCUGUGUGAAAGACUGCUAGAAGACCUUCCAAUUCAAGGACCGAAGGGGAUAGAUGAAGAUGAUCCUGUUAACUCUGACUACAACAUGAAACUGACCAAGUUUUCUUUCCAGGUUGAUAGAUCUUGGAAAGCACAGCUAUCAUCGUUAAAUGAAACAAUAAAGAGCUCCAAACUGGAGGUUUCCUGUUGUGCUCCAUGGUUCCAGGAUAUUUUGCAUUUGGAGUCCCCUGAAUCUGGUAACCACAGUACCAGUGUGCCAAGCUGGGCUUUCAUUCCACAGGACAUAAUGGAUGGGCAAUACAAUUUUCCACAGAAAGAUCAUGCCAAGACCAGUGAUCCAGGAAGAUCAUGGAAGAUAAUGCACAUCAGUGAACAAGAGGAACCCAUCGAGUUGAAAUGUGUGUCUGUGACAGGAUUCACGGUACUGUUUACUUGGACAGUGGAAAAGACGGGCUGCAACAUUGUCCUCUGGGAUUUGGAGACCCAGGACAUGCAGUGUUUUUCCCUUGGCAAAAAGUGUAUUCCUGUAGAUAGUAGUGAAGACCAACAACUGUGCCUCAUUUUGACAGAAAAUGGAAUCUCUCUGAUUUUGUUUGGUUUGACUCAAGAGGAGUUUUUAAACAGACUAAUGAUCCAUGGAAGUGCCAGCACUGUGGACUCUCUUUGUCAUCUCAAUGGUUGGGGGAGGUGCUCAAUUCCCAUACAUGCAUUAGAGGCUGGGUUAGAAAAUCGUCAGCUGGACACAGUAGAUUUCUUUUUGAAGAGCAAGGAAAAUCUUUUUAAUCCGUCCUCAAAAUCUUCUGUACCUGAUAGGUUUGAUCACGUUUCAUCCCAUUUAUAUUUAAGAAAUGUAGAAGAGCUGACCCCAGCACUGGAUUUACUUUGCUCAGCAAUUAGAGAGAGUGAUUCUGAAACCCAAAGCAAGCACUUUUCAGAACAAUUGCUUAAUCUUACACUUUCUUUCCUUAACAAACAAAUAAAGGAGCUUUUUAUUCACACUGAAGAGCUAGAUGAACAUCUGCAGAAAGGAGUGAACAUUUUGACCAGCUACAUUAAUGAACUUCGAACUUUCAUGAUGAAGUUUCCUUGGAAGCUAACAGAAUUUACAGAUGAAUAUGAUGCCAAUGAAAAUAACCCCAAAGGAAAGGAGAGCGAUACAUGGGAGAAACUCAGCUUGGAGGAAGUUAUUGCCAAUGCCAUUUUAAACAACAAAAUACCAGAGGCACAGACUUUCUUCAGGAUUAAUGGUCACUCUGCUCAGAGACUUGAGGAACUGAUCAGAAUAGGCCUAGGUUUGGUCUUUGACAAUUUAAAAAAGAAAAAUAUAAAGGAAGCCUCUGAACUUUUGAAGAAUAUGGGCUUUGAUGUAAAAGACCAGUUGCUCAAGAUAUGCUUCUAUACAACUGAUAAAAAUAUACGGGACUUUUUGGUUGAAAUUUUAAAAGAAAAAAGUUAUUUUUCUGAAAAAGAAAAAAGAACUAUAGACUUCGUGCAUCAAGUUGAGAAGUUUUAUCUGGAACAUUUCCAAGAAAAUAUGCAGAUCCAGGCCUUGCCCAGGUGUUGGAUAAAGGAACAAGAUUUUUUCAAGCACAAAUCUGUUUUGGAUUCAUUCCUGAAAUAUGAUUGUAAAGAUGAAUUUAGCAAACAGGACCAUAGAAUUGUGUUAAAUUGGGCUCUGUGGUGGGAUCAACUAACGCAAGAAUGCAUCCUUCUCCCCAAGAUAAGUCCAGAAGCAUAUAAGUCACAUUCCCCUGAAGCCCUCUGGAGGUACCUCACGGCUCGCCAUGAUUGGUUAAGCAUUAUCUCGUGGAUUGGAGAAUUUCAGACCCAGGAUAAUUAUGCUUCACUUCAGCAGAACAAGUGGCCCCCUCUGACUGUUGAUGUUAUUAAUCAGAAUACUUGCUGCAACAGCUACAUGAGGAAUGAAAUUUUAGAUAAGCUGGCCAGGAGUGGGAUUUUUCUUGCAUCUGAAUUAGAAGACUUUGAAUGCUUCCUCCAAAGAAUGAGCCGUAUUGGGGGUGUGAUACAGGAUACCCUCCCUGUUCAAAACUACAAGACUAAAGAAGGUUGGGAUUUCCAUUCUCACUUCAUUCUCUAUUGUUUGGAACACAGUCUGCAGCAUCUUCUUUAUGUCUAUCUUGACUGUUACAAACUUAGUCCUGAAAAUUGUCCCUUUUUGGAAAAAAAGGAGUUACAUGAAGUGUACCCUUGGUUUGAAUUUUUAGUUCAAUGUCGACAAGUUUCUGGUAAUUUAACAGAUGCCAAACUGAUCUUUCAGGCUAGCCUUGCAAAUGCUCAGAUUUUGAUUCCCACCAAUCAGGCCAGUGUAAGCAGUAUGCUACUGGAAGGACAUACCCUCCUGGCCCUAGCUACUACCAUGUAUGCUCCUGGAGGUGUUGGCCAGGUUGUUCAGAAUGAAGAAAAUGAGAACCGUUUGAAGAAAGUGGAUCCCCAGCUACUGAAGAUGGCAUUAACUCCUUACCCUAAGUUAAAAACUGCUCUCUUCCCACAGUGCACUGCUCCUACUGUCCUGCCACCUGAUAUUACACUCUACCACCUUAUUCAGUCAUUAUCGCCCUUUGAUCCUAGCAGAUUGUUUGGCUGGCAGUCUGCCAACACACUAGCUAUAGGAGAUGCAUCGAGUCAUCUCCCACAUUUCUCUAGCCCUGACCUGGUUAAUAAAUAUGCUAUAGUGGAACGUCUGAAUUUUGCUUAUUAUUUACAUCAUGGACGGCCAUCAUUUGCAUUUGGUACUUUUCUGGUCCAGGAAUUAACCAAGAGCAAGACUCCCAAGCAGCUGAUCCAGCAAGUAGGCAGUGAAGCCUAUGUUUUAGGGCUCUCCUCCUUCCACAUACCUUCAGUAGGAGCUGCCUGUGUUUGUUUCUUAGAAUUGCUUGGCCUUGACAGCCUCAAGCUCAGAGUUGAUAUGAAAGUGGCCAAUAUAAUUUUAAGCUACCAGUGUAGAAAUGAAGAUGCGCAAUACAGCUUUAUCAGAGAAUCUCUAGCUGAAAAACUGCCUAAACUGGCUGAUGGUGAAAAGGCAACCAUAGAAGAAUUGCUUGUUCUCUUAGAAGAAGGCACGUGGAACAGCAUCCAGCAGCAGGAAAUAAAGAGGUUAUCCUGUGAAUCUAGCAGCCAGUGGGCAUUAGUGGUACAGUUUUGCAGGCUCCACAAUAUGAAACUGAGCAUGUCUUACCUUAGAGAAUGUGCCAAAGCAAAUGAUUGGCUGCAGUUCAUUAUUCACAGCCAACUCCAUAACUACCACCCAGAGGAGGUGAGAUCCCUUAUCAAAUACUUCAGCCCAGUCCUUCAAGACCACUUAAGGCUGGCUUUUGAGAACUUGCCUUCAGUGUCCACCUCCAGAAUGGACAGUGAUCAAGUCUGCAAUAAGUCCUCCCAGGAACUCCAGAGAAACAAUGAAGAGAUGACUGAUUUCUUUGAAAUUCUGCUCAAGUGCUCAGAGGAGCCAGACACCUGGCACUGGCUCCUGGUUGAGGCAGUGAAGCAACAGGCCCCUGUCCUCAGUGUCCUGGCCUCAUGUCUCCAGGAUGCCAGUGCUAUUCCUUGUCUCUGUGUUUGGAUCAUUACUUCUGUGGAGGACAGUGUUGCAGCUGAAGCAAUGGAACACAUUCAGGGCUCAAUAGAGGGCCACACCUGGGACCUGGAGGACCUUUCGGUCAUCUGGAGAACAUUAUUAUCAAGGCAGAAGAGCAAAACUCUUAUCAGAGGUUUCCAGCUUUUCUUUAAGGAUUCCCCAUUACUAUUAAUGAUGGAGAUGUAUGAACUGUGUAUGUUCUUCAAGAAUUAUAAGGAAGCCAAAGCUAAACUUCUGGAGUUCCAGAGGAGCCUUGAAACUCUUGACGCAGCUAGCACAAGGGCCCACCCUGUCAUCCCUGCCACAUGGCUGAAGGAUCAAGUGUGUUUUCUUUUGAAGUUUAUGCUACAGCAGUGUAAGACCCAGUAUGAGUUGGGGAAGCUUUUACAACUGUUUGUUGGAAUAGAGCAUUUCUUCUCUGAAGGUCCAGAUGUGAAGAAGCUGUGUCUCCUUAGCCAAAUUUUGAAGGAUACAUCCAUAGCCAUUAAUCAUGUGAUUAUUACCAGCUAUAGCAUUGAAAAUUUUCAGCGUGAAUGUAGAUCUAUUUUGGAAAGACUGCAGACAGAUGGACAAUUUGCUUUAGCCAGGAGGGUAGCGGAAUUAGCUGAAUUACCUGUGGACAGCUUGGUUAUUGAAGAGAUAAAACAGGAAAUGCAGACUCUAAAACACAUUGAGCAGUGGUCCCUGAAACAAGCAAGAAUUGACUUCUGGAAAAAAUGCCAUGAGAAUUUUAAGAAAAAUUCCAUUUCAAGCAAAGCAGCUUCUUCCUUUUUCUCAACCCAGGCCCUUGUGGCAUGUGAGCACCCACCUGGAGGGAGCAGCAUUGAGGAGCGCCAUCUCCUGCUCACACUGGCAGGGCACUGGCUUGCCCAGGAGGACCUGGUGCCCUUGGAUAAGCUGGAGGAGCUGGAGAAGCAGAUCUGGCUCUGCCGCAUCACCCAGCACACCCUUGGAGGAAACCAGGAGGAAAUAGAACCCAGGUUUUCUCGACAGAUCUCAACUAGUGGCGAACUUUCCUUUGAUAGUUUAGCCAGUGAGUUUUCCUUCUCCAAGUUGGCUGCUCUGAACACAUCAAAAUAUUUUGAACUUAAUGGCCUUCCAUCCAGAGAGGCAUGUGAGAAUAGACUGGAUUGGAAGGAGCAGGAGUCACUAAACUUUUUGAUUGGGCGCCUGUUGGAUGAUGGCUGUGUGCAUGAAGCCAGUAGAGUAUGCCGGUAUUUUCAUUUUUAUAACCGGGAUGUUGCCUUGGUGUUACACUGCAGAGCACUGGCCUCAGGGGAAGCUAGUGUGGAUGACCUCCACCCAGAGAUCCGUGCUCUCCUACAAAGUGCUGAGCUGCCUGAGGAAGAAGAGGAGCCCAGCACUCCCCUAAGGAAAGUCCAAAGCACUUCAAGUCUGGAUAGUCAGUCAUCUGUGAUGGUACCGUCCAGUGAUGAAGUGGUGACUAAUCUGGAAACUCUGACAAGCAAAUCCCUCCAUGGGAAGAACUACUGCCGGCAGGUCCUCUGUCUGUAUGAACUUGCCAAGGAGUUGGGCUGUUCCUACACAGAUGUUGCUGCCCAGGAUGGUGAAGCCAUGCUUCGGGCAAUCUUGGCCUCUCAGCAGCCUGACCGAUGCAGACGAGCCCAGGCCUUCAUCAGCACCCAAGGCCUCAAGCCAGACACUGUGGCUGAACUUGUAGCUGAAGAGGUGACACGGGAGCUGCUGGCCCCAUCAGAGGGAACAGGACAUAAGCAGAUGUUCAGCCCAGCAGAGGAAAGCCAGACGUUUCUUCAGCUGACCACUCUGUGUCAAGACCGCACAUUAGUAGGCAUGAAGUUGUUGGAUAAGAUUUCCUCUGUUCCCCAUGGAGAAUUGUCUUGCACCACAGAGCUCCUGAUCCUGGCCCAUCACUGCUUCACCCUGACAUGCCACAUGGAGGGCAUCAUCCGAGUCCUACAGGCUGCCCGGAUGCUCACAGAUAACCACUUGGCCCCCAAUGAGGAGUAUGGACUGGUGGUACGUCUCCUCACCGGCAUUGGAAGGUACAACGAGAUGACAUACAUAUUUGAUUUGCUACAUAAAAAACACUACUUCGAAGUGCUGAUGAGGAAGAAGUUGGACCCGAGUGGUACCCUGAAAACAGCCCUGCUGGACUACAUCAAACGCUGCCACCCUGGGGACAGUGAGAAGCACAACAUGAUCGCCCUGUGCUUUAGCAUGUGCCGAGAGAUUGGCGAGAACCACGAGGCAGCUGCCUGCAUACAACUGAAACUGAUUGAGUCUCAGCCCUGGGAGGACAGCCUCAAGGAUGUACACCAGCUGAAGCAGCUGCUGCUGAAGGCCCUGACUCUGAUGCUCGAUGCAGCAGAGAGUUAUGCCAAGGAUUCCUGUGUACGACAGGCCCUGCACUGUCACCGGCUCACCAAGUUGAUAACUCUACAGAUUCACUUUCUGAACACUGGCCAGAACACAAUGCUCAUCAACUUGGGUUGCCACAGGCUGAUGGACUGUAUUGUGGCCCUACCUCGGUUCUACCAGGCAUCUAUUGUGGCUGAGGCCUAUGAUUUUGUGCCAGACUGGGCUGAAAUUCUAUACCAACACGUGGUUCUUAAAGGAGACUUUAAUUACUUGGAAGAAUUUAAGCAGCAAAGAUUAUUAAGGCCCAGUAUAUUUGAAGAGAUUUCAAAGAAAUGUAGACAACAUCAGCCUACUGACAUCGUCAUGGAAAACCUGAAGAAGCUACUGACAUACUGUGAAGAUGUCUACCUGUAUUAUAAGUUGGCAUAUGAACACGAAUUUUAUGAAAUUGUAAGUGUGCUUCUGAAGGACCCUCAGACAGCUUGCUGCCUGAAGGACAUGCUAGCAGCUUAGAUGAUUUCAUAGGUGCCUGUUUUCCUGUCCUGAUAUGCGAUUCUCUGGCAAAUACAUGUCUGUGAUUCUGCAAAGUAGAAUAAUGCACUGGGGAUCUUUCUUUGUUGUCCAAGGUGAAAAAAGCCCAGGACUAUACCAUAUCAUUCCUUUGAGGGGGUAGUGCGUAAAGAAUGAGAAACUUUUAACAAGGAAAUUCCUAUUUAAAAGUAACUUUUCAUCUAUACUAAGAUCAAUAUUAAGAUCAAAAGCUUUCUCUUCCUCAGGAUGGCUUCUACUUUAGGACAUGAUACAGUAAUGAUUAAAGAAUACCUGUGCCUGCAGAUUCCAGUUUCAAAGAAAUUUAAUAUUAUUUACACAGUUAGGGAACAGGUGGUACAUUUGUUAGAAACUGAUCUUUCUGUAAUAAAAUAGAUUUUAAAUUCA